CUCCUAUGUUAAGUUUGAUAUCAUUCGAAGGAUAAUGACCAGGUUUUUUGGAAUUGAAGUUAUCAUGGUGAUGGGCAUCACAGACAUAGAUGACAAGAUAAUAAAAAGAGCCAAGGAGAUGAAUAUAUCACCAGUAGCUCUUGCUCGUAUUUAUGAAGAAGACUUUAAACAAGAUAUGGCUGCAUUAAAGGUCCUUCCUCCUACAGUAUACAUGAGAGUGACUGACAAUAUUCCUCAGAUCAUUUCCUUUAUAAACACAAUAAUUGCUAAGGGACAAGCCUAUGCAACCUCACGAGGCAAUGUUUAUUUUGAUGUUAAAUCUUGGGGAAAAAGAUAUGGAGUAUUAACUGCUGUUUCUCCUGACACCGAGGAUGAAGCAGCUGAGACUGAUAAACGACAUGUGAAAGAUUUUGCCCUGUGGAAGGCUGCCAAACCUCAGGAGCUGUCUUGGACCUCUCCCUGGGGAAAAGGAAGACCUGGAUGGCACAUUGAGUGUUCCACAAUCUCAAGUGCAGUGUUUGGAAAGCAGCUGGACAUCCACACUGGUGGGAUAGAUCUUGCAUUUCCUCACCAUGAGAAUGAAAUUGCACAGUGUGAGGUGUAUCAUCAGAGUGAGCAGUGGGGGAAUUACUUCUGGCAUUCUGGGCAUUUGCAUGUUAAAGGAAGUACAGAAAAGAUGUCCAAGUCCCUAAAAAACUACAUAACAAUUAAGGAUUUCCUGAAGAAGUUCUCCUCAGAUGAGUUCAGGAUGUUCUGUCUGCGUGGCAGGUACAGCUCAGCAGUGGAAUUCAGUGAUGAGAGCAUGGAUGAUGCAAAGCACCACCUCCAGGCCAUCUCCUCCUUCAUCAAAGAUGCAAAUGCUUAUAUAAAAGGGCAGCUGCUGUGUGACCCUGUGAGAGAGGAUGUGCUGUGGGAAAGGCUGGCCAGCACAAAAGUCACCGUGAGGGCUGCCUUGGCAGAUGACUUUGACACCUCCAGGGCUGUUGCAGCAAUCAUGGACCUCAUUCACCAUGGCAACAGACAGCUUAAGGCUGUUACUAAGGAUGCUGGAUCUCCUAGAAGCUCAGUGGUGUAUGGCAGCCUUGUUGCCUACCUAGAAGGCUUUUUUAAUGCCCUUGGGAUGUCCUUUGGAGAAAGACAGGUGGCUGUGGGAGGGGAGGGCUCUGCCCUGCUCUGCAGUGUGGUGGAGGAGCUGGUGAGGUUCCGCAGCAGGGUCCGGCACUACGCCCUCGCCCUGCCAGCCCCAGAGCCAGGGCAGGGGCAGCCAGCACCUCAGGGAGACCAGCAGGAGCAGAGGGAGAAGAGGCAGCAGCUGCUGCAGGAGAGAAAACCACUCCUGGAGGCUUGUGAUGCUCUGCGUGAGGACCUUGCUGCCUUUGGGGUCCACAUAAAGUUGCUGUUUAAUCACUGA